GUUGAUGCUAGUAUCACAGCAUAUCGAAUGGAGAAUGGUAGACGCUACCAUGCGUACAGGGACGGAGCUUACUGGGCUCCAAAUGACGAAAAGCAAAAUGAAAGCCUAGACAUCAACCAUCACAAGUUCCAGAAACUUUUAGACGGGAAAUUGCAUCUUGCCCCCAUAGCGAAGGAUAUUGAGAGAGCCCUUGACCUCGGAACAGGCACUGGCAUCUGGGCUAUUGAUUUCGCCGACGAAUAUCCUCAGACAACAGUUCUGGGGACAGAUCUCUCGCCUAUACAACCAAGCCUCGUGCCGCCAAAUCUCAGAUUUGAAAUCGACGAUGUUCAAGAUCGAUGGACUUACCCUCGGGAUUAUUUCGAUUUUGUUCACCUCCGCGGUCUGUUUGGGAGUAUCAAAGACUGGCCAGGCUUAUACAGUCAAGCUUACCGACAUCUCAAGCCUGGAGGAUGGAUUGAACAGCUAGAGAUAUGCAUUGAUUUCAAAAGCGACGAUGGAACUAUCAGGGAGGAUAGUCCUUUGAGAACCUUCUCUGGGCUCUUCAGAGAAGCGGGUGAAAUUACGGGACAGACUUUCACAAUCGCAGAGACCAUGAAGGAGGAGAUAGAAAAUGCCGGAUUUGUGAACGUCGUUGAGAAGGUCUACAAAGCUCCACUAGGACCGUGGCCGGCAGAUCCAAAGUUACAGGAACUUGGUCGAUGGACCCUCUUAGGAUUUGAUACUGGUCUUGAAGGCUUCGUCCUCGCAAUUCUGACUAGAACAUUGGGGUGGAAUACUACUGAAGUACAGGUACUUCUGGCUCAAAUACGAGCGGCUAUUCGCGAUAGAGGGACGCAUGCAUACCAUGAGAUACGUGUGGUUUAUGGACAGAAGCCUUCAAGAUGACACCGUGGAAUUAAUUAAUAUGAUACCCAGC